GAUAUAUUAGUUGAACAUGGCUCGUACGAAACAGACUGCUCGCAAAUCAACUGGAGGAAAAGCUCCUCGGAAGCAAUUGGCUACGAAAGCCGCACGUAAAAGUGCACCAGCUACCGGAGGAGUUAAGAAGCCUCAUCGCUACAGACCAGGAACCGUCGCUCUGCGUGAGAUUCGUCGCUAUCAGAAGAGCACGGAGCUGCUCAUUCGCAAACUGCCCUUCCAGCGAUUGGUUCGCGAGAUCGCUCAGGACUUCAAGACGGACCUUCGCUUCCAGAGUUCAGCCGUGAUGGCACUUCAAGAAGCUAGCGAGGCUUAUCUCGUCGGCCUCUUCGAAGACACCAACUUGUGUGCCAUCCACGCCAAGCGUGUCACCAUCAUGCCAAAGGACAUCCAGUUGGCUCGGCGUAUUCGUGGAGAACGUGCCUAAAUACC